AUGGAUUCUCGCAUUGAUAUCGAAAAACAAGAAAAUAUUAAAGUUCCUGAUAUUAUCGAUCACACUGUACCUGUUAUAUUUCAUCGCCCUAAUCAAGUUCAAGUUCACUCACCGCCUUCCGCUAUUUUAUUAAUUUCUGGAGCUGGAGGUGGGGUGACGGGUCCUACAAGUUUAUAUACAACAUUGGCCGAAAAAAUUGCUCAAAAUUUUGGUUGUUACACGGUUCGAAUGGAUUUUAGAAUACCUGCCAUGAUGGAUCCAUGCGUUCAUGAUGUUACAGCUACAAUCAAUUGGUUAGAAAAUAAUUAUGGAGUUAAAGAUAAUAUAUUAAUUGGAUGGAGUUUUGGUGGAGCGGUAGUAAUUCGAGCAGCGGUUAAUGAGAAAAGGGUUUUGGGUUUAGUUACAAUUGCUUCUCAGACUGCGGGAGCCCUUAAAGAAGUAAGUCGCUUAACCCAGCCUAUAUUAUUCAUACAUGGUACAAAGGAUACUACUCUAAAUUCGUAUUGUUCCGAAAGUCUUUAUGCCCAUGCUACGGUUCCAGAAGAUCGUAAAGAACUUUUACUUUUACAAGGCGAUGAUCAUUGUCUAAGUAAUGGAGUAUUAUUUGGAAAUAUUGAAAGCAAAAUAAUUGAUUUUUGUUUAAAAAUUGGAAUGGUAAAGAUCAUUGGUUAG